UGAUUUUUUGCACCAGACCAAGACUGGUUCUCAGUUCAGUUGUCUCGGCGGGAUGUCCGGUACCGGAGUGCAGCUGUUCACAGAGCAGCGUGAUGGCAGCGGGUCUGAGAGAGGCUGAGUCUUUCCACCCUCGCGUCAGGGCUCCGUGGGAGACCAGGGGACCUGUGAUGGAGCAUUCCAGUCAAGCCAAGAAAUACAGCCCACAGAUGGACAGUGUCGGCCCCGAGAGCGCUCGCCAGCACUUCCGGAACUUCCACUAUGGUGAAGCAGGUGGACCCCGCGAGGCCGUCGGCCAGCUUCAGGAAUUGUGCCUUCGGUGGCUGAGGCCAGAAAUUCACUCAAAGGAGCAGAUCUUGGAACUGCUGGUGCUGGAGCAAUUUCUCACCAGUCUGCCCAGGGACAUGCAGUCCUGCGUGCGGAGGGGCCAUCUCCAGAGUGUCGAGGAGGCCGUGGCGCUGGUGGAGUGCUUGCAGAGGGAGUCUGGCCAGACAAGGGAUGGGGUUGCCACCCAUGAGCUGGGGAAGGAGGCCGUCUGGGGAGAAAGAGCAGCUCCAGGUUGCAGUCUGAAGCCAGCAGAGCCCAAGCCAGGGGGCGAGUCUUGGGAUGAAGGACUUUGGAGUGCGGCCCAGGGCCUGCCGGAGCAGCUGAGCGGAAUCACCCCUGAAGAAACUGAGCCUGUACGUGAGAGGGCCGCGCCUGCUCAGCAGAUCCUGGCUUUCCCUGUGCCAGCAAAGACCAAAGACUGGACGGUGGCGCCUGCUCUUGUCUCGCCCGAGUCCCAGAGUUUGUUGACGUUUGAAGAAGUGGCUGUUUAUUUCUCCCAGGAAGAAUGGGAGUUACUGGACCUCACUCAGAAGGCCCUGUACAAUGACGUCAUACAGGAAAACUAUGAGACGAUCAUCUCUGUAGCAUUGUACGUGCUCCCUAAACCUAACGUGAUCUCCUGUCUAGAGAAAGGGGAAGAUGCAUGGGUCCACGGCUUGAUGGAGUGCACAGACAGUCUUGCAGAGGUGCCUAAAGGGUUAAAGCUCAAAAAUGACAUUGAAAGUCAGCAACCACUGUGUCUUUCUACCAUGGAAGUACAAGCACCAGGGGACAUAGUGUCAAAAAAGGCCAGAGUAAAAGUUUCUCAGAAAACAGUGGGCAAAGAAAACCAUGGUGAUUCACACCGAGUGGGGACAUGCCAUGGAGAUAAUCCAGUGAAAAAAAGAAAAAAAUUUUCAACUUGGAAACAAGAGCUGUUAAAACUUAUGGAUCUUCACAAGAAGCACCGUGCAGGAGAGAAACCUUUUAAAUGCCAGGAAUGUGGGAAAAGCUUCAGAGUUAGCUCUGACCUCAUUAAGCAUCAAAGGAUUCACACUGAAGAAAAACCGUACAAGUGCCAGCAGUGUGAUAAGAGGUUUAGGUGGAGUUCAGAUCUCAAUAAGCACUUAACAACACAUCAAGGAAUAAAACCAUAUAAAUGCUCGUGGUGUGGGAAAAGCUUCAGUCAAAAUACAAAUCUACAUACACACCAAAGAACGCACACUGGUGAGAAGCCCUUUACGUGUCAUGAAUGUGGGAAAAAGUUCAGUCAGAACUCCCACCUUAUUAAACACCGGAGAACCCACACAGGUGAGCAGCCUUAUAGCUGUAGCAUAUGCAGGAGAAACUUCAGUAGGCGGUCAAGCCUUCUUAGACACCAGAAACUCCACCGAUGACAAGAAUCCAGUGUCCCGGUAUGGAAAAGCUCACCCAGUGGAACGUGACUCUAAAGUUAAUGAAAUGAUUCAAAAUUAAUGAAGAAUAUUUCCUCUGGAAAUUUAGGUAUAGAAGCAUUGUUCUUCACAGAAAGAAACCAGGAAGGUUGACUGCAGGUGAUGUGCUCACGAGUAGCUGUACUACUUACUAGUUUUACUUUAGCCUUCAGGGAAUUCCUUAGCAAGAGACGUGCUCUAAAGACACACUGAAUAAGGGGAAAACCUGCAAAUUCAGCUUCAAGAAGCAGAUGCAGUCAUGAAUCAGUUGAGAGUUCUCAGUGACUACAGAGGGAAACAUUAUUGGUUCCACAUUUAUCUUCCCAUUCACUCUUAAAACAGAAGUGUUUGCCAUGUGGUCUUCCAGAACACAAAGCAACAACUUGCAUAUUAAUUGCAUAUCAUUGGCUUCAAGGUAGCAAGCUUACUGAGUUCAGUAGUCUUCACGAAAUUCUAAUGUAGACUUUCCUGAAAGCCAAAUUGGAUUUUCUUCCUUUCUCUUGUCAUUAGGCUCUGUUCACAGAAUUGGACAUUGAGUUCCUUUAACUUUUUAGCAGUGGUAGUCCUUGACUCCUAUUAGGAUGAUUGUUUUACAGUGAUGAAAUCAUGUUCACUGGGAUAUCUGCCACAUGGACUAAAUGCACUAUGCUUGUGCCUCUCUUUGGUGGUGUUGGCAAAAAGAAAAACAUCUACUGAGGUCAUACAGAAAACGGGUUGGAAUUUUUAGCCAUGGACUGCAUGUUUAAUUGCAUAUCACUGUCUUCUAGGUAGCAAGCUUACUGAGUUCAGUGGUCUCAUGAAAUUCUAAUGUAGACUUUCCUGAGAACCAAAUUGGUUCUCGAAAUUUUUUGCAUUAAUCUAGCUUGUUCCUUUACCUCACAGUGUCAGUGGGUAAAACAGCCAUAAGAAUUAGCACUUUCUUGAUUCCUGAAAGAAGGUUAUGAGAGUUCAGGAUCAACUCAGGUUUGAUGUUAAAUUUGGCUUUUGUUCAGAACAAGGAUUGAGCUGUUUGGACUGGAAUGUGUACCCCAAGUGAGGUCCUGUCAUCCCCAAACCUGACCACCCGUCAACAGGAAAUUGGGUUCCCAGAGGAGAGGUUUGGGGACUGGCGCUGGGUGUGUGGCAGGGCUGCGCACGUCCGCUUCUGUGGUGUUUGUCUGACACUGGUGACGGUCCGGGGUCUCCUGAGCGGUGCAUUUGGCAGACUGCUGAGUGAUGGUGUUUAUUUGCUACAGAUUUUUCUUAUAAUUUACCUUUUUAUAUCCAACUUUUACUCAGGUGUUUCUGUUAGUGCUUUUAAAUAUCAGGGAAGGGAUUCACGAAAUGAUCUCUUAGAAAUGAAAUUAGGGCUCCAAGAGAUGCAGGCAUGUAUUCAAGACUGUGAGUAGAGGGCCUUCAGUCACUGAAAUCAUCGGGCCGAGGCUGGAUUCGCACGAAUCUGCGUGUUGUCCCUGUACGGCCGGCCUCCAUGACAUUGAAUGUACUUUUAGCUUACAAAGCAUUCCUACUGUUGAGUUUCCCUGAGAUGCUCUUAGGUCUCCGUUUUCUUUACAGAGGUAACAACUCAGGGCUGUUCCGGGAGCUGGACUGGUGGAAGGAAAGCAGCUGGCGCGCCUGGCCAGAGCUGCUCCGUCGGGGUUCCCCCGCGUGCCCGUGACACGGUGGGGGACAGCCCCAUGGAGGGAGCCGAUGCCUCGGUCGCUCUGGCGGCUCGCUGGAGGAGCUCAGUGCUGGAGUCGGAUGAGCCACAUUGCCGCUGACGUGAGCGCGGCUGAGCUCUGGGCAGCAUAGCUGUCACCGUGUCAUUGGCCUGCGAUGCCUGGACUUUGUUUUCUCCCAGGGUCAAUGUGUUUCUCGCUGGCACGGCCCUUGCUCGGUUACGCUGACUGAGGGCCUGUGGUGUGCCCAGGUGUUGUUCGGGGCUGAGGUACAACCACGAAGGGGAGCCACAGACCAUGGCUCCCGGCUUGCGCUCCAGGGAGCGGUGCCCAGGUGGUCACGCGUCCCUGCUCCCAGCGGUGCAGCUCGCGAGUUUUGAGCCGUGGGUGGUGAGCAACGGCCUCACUUCUGUGCUGAAGUGCGUGUUGCUACUAAACUGGUGUAGUCUCCAGUCACGCAAACGCACCGGAGCCGUGGUCGCUACGUCUGGAGCGCGGGGCCCUGCGCGGAGGGCGUUUGUUCCCUGACCUCUGGUGGCCUUCGCGGGAAUGAGAAAUAAAUA